AGUUUUAGCUACAAACAAUGAGUUAAUAGCUUAAUUGUGCUUUUAUAAUCAAAGACCUCAUAAAAACGCCUAAGGCUGCAACCAAAACACAACUGUGCAAAUAAAACACGAAGUUUGCCACUCAAACAAUCAAAGGACUUUAAACAUUAAACGUUUUCAGUUUUUCUUCAGAAUCAUCAUGCCACGAUCGUUUUUGGUGAAAAGUAAAAAAACUCACAAUGUGCACCGACCCAUCGACACCAAGCAAAGUGAACAGAAACUCCCAGACCCAACACCCAAAACAAUCCCAGCACUGGUCCCUUUGGAACCAAAGGAAUGUAAUUCCCCAGAGCAGCCCCAGGUAGAUUCGGUCCCUCGGCCGUCCCACAGAGACCCGUAUGACUUCAUCAAGUGUGAGCGAGAGCCCGACUGCACAGUACCAUCUCUACCUGAGCUGCCUGUCACAACCAGACGGCAAUUUUACUUAUCUGAGUGUCAGCUGGCAGAGUUCCCUCCCUACUACAAGAGCUCUUAUACCUGGGAUCAUGUUCCUGCAACAUAUGACUUCAGGCAGAUGGGCUUCUCUCCAUCUCUCCUGCAGCACGCCAGCAGCCUGUACGGAGCUCAUCUGAAGCAGAGCUCUGAGCCUCCACAACCACUGGAUUGCAGCACACACUACUCACCCACGUCUAACACCUACCACUGCAUUACCUGUAAUAAGGUGUUUUCCACCCCUCAUGGGCUAGAGGUUCACGUCAGACGUUCUCACAGUGGCACACGUCCCUUUGGAUGCAGCAUCUGCAGAAAGAGCUUUGGCCACGCUGUUAGCUUAGAGCAACACAUGAACGUCCACUCUCAGGAAAGAAGUUUUGAGUGCAAGAUGUGCGGAAAGACCUUCAAACGCUCCUCUACGUUGUCCACUCACCUGCUGAUUCACUCGGACACACGGCCGUACCCCUGCCAGUACUGCGGCAAGAGAUUCCACCAGAAAUCUGACAUGAAGAAACACACCUACAUCCACACCGGUGAGAAACCUCACAAAUGCCAGGUGUGUGGCAAGGCCUUCAGCCAGAGCUCCAACCUCAUCACACACAGCCGCAAACACACUGGAUUCAAGCCGUUCGGCUGUGAUAUCUGUUCCAAAGGCUUCCAGAGGAAGGUAGAUCUUCGCAGACACCACGAGAGCCAGCACAGCCUUAAAUAACGGAGGUUGCACAUGGCGUCGCCAAAUAAAGACCACCAAUGGCUGGAAAAAAGACUGUUGCUUCAGAGGAAUGUGUUUCUCUAAGUAGACUCAUGUUAAAGGGAUGGUUCACACAAAAAAUAAUAUUCUAUCAUCAUUUACUCACCCUCAUAUUGUU